CAUUUGAAGUCCGGAUUCCCAAAACUUCGUUGCGAGUGUUUGGAUGCCUGAAGAAGAUUCUUUGAAGACUGCCUUUGGAAUCAAAGGACAUGGAUCCCAGCAGUGACUACCAUUUCCUCAAUCAGAUACUGUGGAGAAGAGUGAAACUCACGUUGAUUUCUGGCAUCUUUGAGGGCGUGCUUCAGCAUGUAGAUCCUAACAAGAUUGUCGUCCUGAAGAAAGUGAAGAAUGUGGAAACAGGCCGGAGUGUCCCAGGAGUGAAGAUAUUUUUUGGGCAUGAAAUUGUAAAUGUGGAACUACUAGAUGAAGUGGAACAAGGUGCAUUGGGAGAAAAGGCAUCUUCUGUUAGUCUAAAUACAGAAAGAGCCAGAGUGGAUAAAAUGAAAGAUGAAGACCUGAAUGUUUGUGAGCCUGUUUCAGCUGCACCAGAGGUACCAACCACAUCUCUGCUGAAUGACCUCAAAUACAGCCCAUCAGAGGAAGAGGAGGUGACAUACACAGUCAUUGAUCAGUUCCAGCAGAAGUUUGGUGCUGCAAUGCUGCACAUCAAGAAGCAGAGCGUUCUGGGCGUGGCUGCAGAAGGAGCUAAUGUGUGUCGUCAUGGGAAGCUUUGUUGGCUUCAGGUUGCUACCCACAGCCGAGUUUACUUAUUUGACAUUUUCCUUCUUGGAAGUCGUGCUUUCAACAAUGGGCUUCAGAUGAUAUUAGAAGACAAGAGAAUUUUAAAGGUUAUCCAUGAUUGCCGCUGGCUUUCUGAUUGCCUCUCUCAUCAGUAUGGAAUCAUGCUCAAUAAUGUCUUUGAUACACAGGUAGCAGAUGUCCUUCAGUUUUCCAUGGAAACAGGUGGCUUUCUUCCAAACUGCAUCAGUACUUUGCAGGAGACUUUAAUCAGCCACCUUAAAGUUGUCCCUAAAUAUCUUUUCUUUCUAGAAGAGAGACAAAAACUGAUUCAGGAAAAUCCAGAAGUGUGGUUUGCUCGACCUCUUUCUCCUUCUUUAUUGAAAAUUUUGGCCCUGGAAGCAACCUACUUGCUCCCCCUUCGUUUGGUACUCCUGGAUGAGAUGAUGUCAGACCUAACCACCUUGGUGGACGGGUAUCUAAAUGCCUAUCGAGAAGGUUCUGCAGACCGGCUUGCAGGAACAGUGCCUACGUGUAUGGAGCUGCCAGAAGAACUGCUUCAACUCAAGGAUUUCCAGAAGCAGCGUCAGGAGAGAGCUACAAAGAAGUAUACAGUGGAUGCACAAGGACUCUUGAUAAGGACAGCUCUCCACCCAAAAAAAUCAGUGAUGGAUGUAGCAGGGAAAGAGGAACAUGUCAGAGGCUUCUUGUUUUGUAAAAAUUCUAGGGUACGCAAAACAGCAAGUGAUAUAUGCCAGGAAUCUUAUAAGGAUGUGAAUUGUUUGGAUGAAGAAUCCAAAAAAAUGACAGCAAAAUCUCAAUAUCAACCUCUCAUAAAAGAAGCCAAUGAGGAUAUCAGUAGCAGACUAAUUUGUCCUGAGCCCAAGGGGCCAGAGGAACAGAGAAUUACUGAGAAAGAACAUGUUGUGAUACCAAAGCCUGAGUGUCAGGCAAAUUUUUCUUUGAAAGAAGAGAUAGAACAGUUACUUAGGAUGGAAAACAAGGAAACAAUUACAUUCACAAAUCAUGACACUUCAGGGUCUCCUUCUCUUCUUCAGUAA